GCAGCGACCUAAAAAUGGACGCUAACCACCGGAUCGGUUUUAUUUGCAAGUGUUCCGCUAAUCCAUCGCAGCGUUUUAAAUGUGCUCUCUAAUGAUAAGAGACGUGGUGUGCUGUAUCAACUCACCAGUCGUCACCGCUGAAGACAACGCCUCCCCUCCGCGCCCAAUUUGUACCGCCUCGGCGCAGAAUCGACCGCCUUGCUGCCAACGCGCAGACUCCCUACUGCCAGCGCGUAGCAUCCCUACCGCCAGGCGCACACACGACCUUCCUACCGCUAGGCGCACACCAGGCGCAGACAGGACCUCCCCACCUCCAGCGCGCAACCUCCCUACCGCUAGGCGCAGACCAGGCGCAGACAAGACCCCUCUGCAAGCCAGGGGAACACCAGGCGCACACAGGACCGACCUACCAGUAGGCGCACACCAGGCGCUGACAGGACCUAUCUACCGCUAGACGCAGACACGACCUCCCCCGCUGCCGCUAGCGCACAACCAGGCAACACUCGCAACAUGGACGGUAUGCCGCACGCCCGCACGACCCCGACAUGAUACCCGGACAUCUCGACUGGAACCACGAGCACACAGAACCAGGGGCGGUGAGGGGGGAGAUCCGGGGGGCGUCAUGGCGGAGGAGAAGUGUCCCCAGUUGGUCGACUACUUUGUGGUGGCGGGUCUGGACCCGGCGGGCUCCUGGAGGCCCCUGGACGAGGAGGGCCGCGCCUCCUCCUCCGGGGCGGGGGGCCGGGCGGUGGACCCCGUGACGGACCUGGCGGUGAUCGCCCGCGGCCUGGGGGAGGAGGUGCCCGAGGGGUUCACCUGCAUCGAGCGGACCCCCGGGGGUCACCCCGCAGAGCUCAGCUCCGGGCUCCUCAACAACCCCCACCUGUACCUGUGCUACCGGAGGGGCCACGCCAAGCCCCCCAUCCUGGACCUGGGGGUGCUGUACGAGGGGAAGGAGGUGCUGAAGCAGGGCUGGUACGUGGUGGAGACCACCCCCUACAGCCGCUCGGCCUCGCUGAGCAGCGGGGGGGGCCCGGCGGCCCACCGGGUGUUCCUGACGUACCGGCGGGCGCUGGACUCCCAGGGCCUGCACACGCUGGGGGUCACCGACGUGUCGCUGCUGCUGCCCAGCCGAGGGGAGACGGCCCCCCACGCCUUCUGCAGGGUGGACAAGAACCUCAACACCGGCAUGUUCGGACCGGCCAUGUACCUGUGCUACAAGAGAGCCGUGGCUAAAGCUAAUGCUCUGGUGUAUGAAGCAGGUCUGAUCAGCCGCUACCCGGAGGAGGACCUGGAGUCGUUCCCGCUGCCCGAGUCGGUGCCGGUGUUCUGUCUGCCGAUGGGCGGGACCAUCGAGAGCUGGCCAAUCAACACCAAGUACCAGCUGCCCGUGUUCUCCACCUUCGUCCUGACGUCAGCGUCAGGGGACAAGGUGUACGGCGCGGCCAUCCAGUUCUACGAGGCGUUCCCGCGGGCCGUGCUGUCGGAGGCCCAGUGCCUCGCCCUGGGGCUGCUGAGCGUGGUGGACCGCCGGCCUAUCACCAACCGCAGCCUGCACGUCAAGAAGAGCGUGUGCGUGCUCUCCCACUGGCCCUUCUUCAGCGUCUUCCAGAAGUUCCUCACCUUCAUCUACCGCUACUCCAUCUCCGGGCCCCACGUGCUGCCGCUGGAGAAACAUAUAUCCAGCUUCAUGCACAACGUUCCGUUUCCGUCGCCACAGCGACCGCGCAUCUUGGUUCAGCUCUCUCCGUAUGAUAACCUCCUGCUGUGUCAGCCUGUCUCCACCCCCCUCCCCCUCAGCGGGGCCAGCUUCCUGAAGCUGCUCCAGAACCUGGGCCCGGAGAACGCCUGCAUCCUGCUGCUGGCCGCGCUCACCGAGCACAAGCUGCUGCUGCACUCGCUGCGGCCCGACGUGCUGACAUCCGUCAGCGAGGCGCUGGUCUCCAUGACCUUCCCGCUGCGCUGGCCGUGCCCCUACAUCCCGCUGUGUCCGCUCCAGAUGGCCGACGUGCUGCUGGCGCCCAUGCCCUUCAUCGUGGGCGUCCACUCCAGCUACUUCGACCAGCACGACCCGCCCCCCGACGUGGUCUGUGUGGACCUGGACACCAACACCAUCUUCCAAACGGAGGACAAGAAACCGUUGUCGUGGCGAUCCUUUCCCAGGAAGCCCGGCAAGAUUCUCUUCAACUCCCUGACCAACCUGCACAAGACCCUGGAACAGAUCUGCACUCCGGGCCAGGAGGAGGCGACGUUGGAGUUCCUGCUCACGGACUACGACCAGAUCUACCGGCGGCAGAAGCAGCUGGAGCUGGAGAUCCAGGAGGCCUUCCUGCACUUCAUGAGCGCCGUGCUGCGGGGGUACCGCAGCUUCCUGCUGCCCAUCACCCAGGCCCCCUCCGACAGCACCUACGACUGCAGCUCCCUCUUCAACCUGCAGGGGUUCCUGAAGUCGCGGGACCGGACCCAGCAGAAGUUCUACAUCCAGCUGACGCGGACCCAGAUGUUCACCCAUUUCAUCGAGGAGUGCUCCUUCGUCAGCGACGGCCACGUCUGCCUGGAGUUCUUCGACGAGUGCGUCCAGAAGGUGGACGUGGAGCGGCCGGAGGAGGUGCGUCUGAUCGACCUGGAUGAGUCCCACGGGGGGGAGCACACCGUGUUCAUCAUGCCCCCCGAGGAGCCCCAGCAGGCGGACGGGUCCGAGUGCCCCGCCCUCUACAGUUACGAGACCUUCCCCGUUCUGAGGACCGAGCUGUUCGACCGGCCCCAGGACCAGCUCCGCAUCCCGGCCAAUCGGAGCGCGCCCAGUAGCCCCGCCCCCAGACGGACCAAACAGGAGAUCAAGGUGGCCCAGAAGCGGGCGCAGAAGUACUCGACGGUGCCCGACAUGUGGUCCAAGUGCCUGCUGGGGCACUGCUACGGCCUGUGGUUCCUCUACCUGCCCACGUUCGUGCGGGCCGAGGGCGCCAAGGUGCGCGCGCUGCACACGGCCUACGACGUGCUGAAGCACAUGGAGAACUGCAAGGUGGUGCUGCCCGACGAGGUGUGUUACCGCAUCUUGAUGCAGCUCUGCGGUCAGUACGGACAGCCGGUCCUGGCCGUCAGAGUUCUACUGGAGAUGAAGAAGGCUGGAGUCACCCCCAACACCAUCACAUGGGCCUACUACAACAAGGCAGUGUUAGAGAGCAAGUGGCCCUCCACCAAUCAGGGCGGACGUCUGCGCUGGGCGAAGCUGCGCAACGUCCUAUUGGCCGUGGCCCAGUUCAGGCAGCCAAUCAAACGACAGCAGAAGAGCAACUCACUUGGCUCAGAAGCAGACGUCACAAUGGACUCCCUCCAAAGGCCACGCCCACCGUACAGCCUGAUUCGCCAGAACAGCUGGAGUGGUUUGAGUGACAGCUCCAGCCACGAGUCCCUGACCGGCCCUCUGGUGAAGAGCAACAGUCUUAACGGCAUGAAGGCCGCGGCAGAGAAGUCCGGCCCCUGCCGGCUGUCGGGGCCCCCGGGGACGGGGACCAACGGCGUCAGCGACCCCAGCUCCAGGAAGCCUCCGCGGGGCGAGGCCUCGUCCGCGGGCCCCUCUCCGUCGCUGCUGCUGCCCCCUGCUGGCGUGUUGGUGCAGCGCAGCCAGGUGUGUCUGUCCACCUUCUACAAGGACAGCUCGGAGACGGAGCCCGCCGACGCGGCCGACGGCAGCUGGCCGAGCGCCGAGAGGGACGGCAGGUCGGGGGCGUCCCGGGGGCCCAGCGGAGGGCGGGCGCGGAACCUGGACGAGAACUCCAACAACGUGGCGUCGCCCACCCGGGGGGGGCUGGCGGGCAAGCUGCAGCAGCUGCUGACCCCCACGCGGCACCGCUCCUCGGUGCGGCGCGCGGCCAGCGUGGACGACCGGCGGGGGGGCGGCGGCGGCGGGGGGGGGGUCCGCCGGGUGUCGGAGCAGAGGCAGUCCCGCAAGGCCCAGGUGGCCGAAACCCUGCUGCGGGCCAAGGACAGGCUGGUCAACGCCACCUCAGAGAGCUCCCUGUCCGUGGGCAGUGACAUCGACCUGAGUGACACCCCGACCCCGACCUAUCCGCUGCGCCGGUCCUGGGAUGCCAAUCAAGAGGGGGUGGGGCUAGAGGUGCAGAUGUCGAGCUGCUCGCUUUGCCGCACCUGUAACUCCCUGGUGUACGACGAGGACAUCAUGGCCGGCUGGACGUCGGACGACUCCAACCUCAACUCCUCCUGCCCCUUCUGCUCCGCCUCCUUCGUCCCCUUCCUCAGCGCCGAGGUCCGGGACCCGGGCCCCCUCAGCAGCCGGGAGCGCGGCCGGCUGAACGCGGAGGAGGAUGAGGAGGAGGAGGAGGAGGAAGAGGAGGAGGCGGCGCCCCCUGGAGGCUCGGAGGACUCCCCGCAGCACUGCAACGGGGUGGGGGACGACACCGGCUCUGACACCAGCAGCUACUCCCAGAGCAGCCGCAUCACCACGGGCUCCAGUGCGUCCCAGCCCCCCCAGGUGACGGUGGCCUACCUGAGCCCUCUGGUCCUGCGUAAGGAGCUGGAGAGCCUGCUGGAGAACGAGGGCGACGGCGUGCUGGGCCAGGCCCAGCUGCUGGAGAGCCACUCCAUCCUGUUCUGGAACCUGCUGUGGUACUUCCAGCGCCUGGGGCUGCCCAGCCACCUGCUGCAGCUGGUCAGGGCCUCCGCCUGGGUGGCACCCCUGGCCCGCACGCUCUCACUGUCGGACAGCGCUGUGGUGAGGGUCCGCCUCCUCUGGGACACUCUGAGUCCAGACAUAGAACACUGGCCCCCGCUCUACAUCCUCUGGAGAAUACACAGUGGCGCCUCCAUGCGCAGCUACAGCUGGCGGCGGCACAACCACCCCUUCAGCCUGUCCUUCCUGGAGGAGGUCCUGCGCUGGGUGGGGAUGAACGAGGUCCACAAGGCCGUCACCCUCUUCCUGGACACCGUGUCCAAGCACCCCUCGCCCCGCGGCCUCCAGAGGAGUGUGUACAGAGAGAUGCUUUUCCUGACACUAGCUGCUAUGGGGAAGGAUCACGUUGCUGCGUUCGAUAAGAAGUACAAAGUGGCGUUCAACCGUCUGACCGGGACCCUGGGACGCCAGGAGCUGAACCGACGGCGAGCACAGCCCCCCAGUGCCAAGGCGGUGGACUGCAGACGGAGCUUCCAACCCACGCUCGAGUGCUGACCCCCCCCCCCCCCCCCCCCUUCAAGGAACUAGCCUGCUCCCAGAGCUGUGCUGCCUUCAUGCUUUGCCUCUCUGCUGCCCCCUAACAGAGUUAGGUGUAACUGUGCUUCGGCCCAGGUGGUCUUCCCCCCCUCUCUUUGCCCCUGGUAAGGCCCUCCCCACGGGGAUGACUCUAGAAACCCCCUCCCUUACUGAGGGACACCCGAGUGGAUCUAACCGGUUCUGGAUUCUGUCGGUUGUGAUACCAGCAGAACCGAUAAUGGAAACAGGCAAAUACAGUAAUCUAUGCAUCCAACGUGAGCGUUUUAACAGGUGACCGGAUUUGGAACCUCAAUGUCAAGGAAAUCACCGUGGAAACGGCCUGUUUUCAUGGCUUGAUGGACGUGAAAAUAAGUGGAAAUUUGUCGUUUGUAGUUUAAAUAAUACAUUACCCUGCUGUUCCUUGCUCUGUUUACAUCGUUCAUGUUUUUUCCCGACCUUUUAAAAAAGAAAGGCAACCAAAAAUGCAGUUUGCUAAUGUUCUAAUAUGCCCGCUGCUUCUCUCUGCUGUGUUGAUUUAAUAUCGUUAACACAGAAUGUUUACCUUCUACGACAGAAAACCUUUUUCUGUUGACUAAUAUUGGCAGCCAUUUUAUGAGUACAGAAAACUAUCCGCUCAAAAUGGCAGGGAAUGCAUUGGAGAGCAGCUCCGUCGAGUUUUACUAAAUGAAACAACCGUUUUCCACGAACUGAGGGCAGAGGAUAAAGAGGGACUAGUCUCAACAAAGACAAACUUAAUGUACAGGUUCUAAGGGUUGACGGCUUUUUGCUUUGAAAACCCUUGUUGCUUCAGUUCACGCUAACUUAAUCGCUUUGGAUGAAGAGAAUUUAAAUAGUUUCAUAGGGUAUUGAUGCGUUUUUACAAAAGAACAUAAGAGGAGAUCCUUAUGUUUCAACAUUGCGGUACACUUAAAAUAAUAAAAAUAAAGAAUAAAGGAGCUUGUCUAACUUUGACCAGACUUGUAUUGUGGAGGAGUCACCCCCCCCUGGUCAACUCCGUCUACCGUGUGUGUGUUCCUACCAGAGACUGCAUGUUAACCUUGGUUUGCCUCUGGUGUCUGUAAGAUACAGGGUCAGUUAGGAAAGACACACAAAUAUAUUUUCUGUUGGUACCCUUAUUUUGAAGCGUGACAGCAGCGUUCUGCUCGGCAUGUUGGUCACAUCCUGUCCUCAUUCACCACCCCUGUUCAGAGCACAAGUGCACCUGGGAGGUUAAAAUUAGCAGCCUGACAGAAAACUAAUAACUACCCAUUCCUGGUAUAGAUCUGGAGUAUGUUUUACUGUACUCUGCUGAAGCGAGGAGUAACUAACGAUGUAACUUGCUUACGUAGUAGCUACGAAAGUUACUUCUUUGAACAGUAAUAACAGAAGUAACUCUUAUUUGAGUAAUUCUUAUUUGCAUGGUUCGAAAGAGGAGUACUUGGAGUAAAGUUAUCACCAGAAAAACAAGUAAUUAUAUUGAAGAUACUCGGUUAGAGUAAUAAAUAACUACUGUGGUAACUUAAAGUCCCUAGUAACUACUGCAGUACUACUAAAGUACUACUAAGUAGCCAUACAGCGGAACAACAAAUAGUUUAUUCCACAUCAGCAGCAGACCAGAACCUCAUCACACAAGACGAGAAUCCCAGAGUCCCAUCCAUCCAACCGGUCCACAAUCUGCCUCCAAACGCUUCAAGUUUGGCGAACCUUGUUCUUAAUCCUGUCUGCCUAUCCAGCCUUUGAAACAAGCCUCUUAGCAUAUGCCACAUAGGACAAAAAGCUUGUUUUCAUAUAAUUGUGAGGACUACCUCAUUUUGCAGCCAGGUUUAAAGAAAGAUAUAAUUUCCACCCAUGUCUUGACGCGUAACUUCAGCUAUCCCCCCCUACCCCCACAGGUCACACUUUGUGUUAUUUUUUUGUGAUAUAAAAAAAAAAAAAGGACAUACCCAAAAUGAAGACUUUUAUUUUGAAGUAGAUAUUUUUGGAGAUUGAGAGUGUUUGUCGGACACAUGCCUGCGGGCCUCGUGUUGUAGAAACUGGGAGCGUAAAGCACUUGGCCGUACUGUGAAGACUGGGAAGGCUGAAAGGGCCGCUGUCUCCCCCCCCCCCCCCCCCCAGAGAAACUCGUUAAGCCUAGUUCAGUGUUUGAAACGUCACUGUAUAUUUUAAUGCACCAGACUGCAAGAGAAAAGAAGGGAAUGUUUCCCCGGGUCACAGGUAGUGGAAAGCAGAAAUGUGUAUUUAAAAAGGUUAUUGUGUUUGCUGUUGUAAUUUAUAUCUGCCUGUGAUUUCAGUUGUAAUUGUUUUGUUUUUUUAUAAAACUAUACAAACAACUCA